CUUGAAAUGCGUCUGAUAGCCAGGCGGAUGAAAGUAGAGGCGCAGUGAGGGGAGAGAGGAAAAAGUUCUCAGUCAACGAGGAGAGGCAGGACUACUCUACGGAGCCCCUGCAGUCUCACUUUUUAUGCCUCUUAAAGACUUUGCCUGCCAUCCUUUUGCAUUUUUGCUCUGCAACACCGCUUGUUCGUCUCCAAGAGAGAAAUCCUACCUUUUUACUUAAGUGAAAGCACCAGCACCAUGGAACUGCUCUGCCUCGAAAUGGACACCAUCAUACGAGCUCGUCCCGAUCCGAACCUCCUGUGCGAUGACAGAGUCCUGCAGAGCUUGUUGACCAUAGAGGAGAGGUUUCUACCCCAAUAUUCUUAUUUCAAAGGCGUCCAGAAAGAUAUUCAACCGUUUAUGAGGAGGAUGGUCGCUACUUGGAUGUUGGAGGUUUGUGAGGAGCAGAAGUGCGAAGAAGAAGUUUUCCCCUUGGCCAUGAACUACUUAGACAGAUUUUUAGCCGUGGUACCCACCAAAAAGUGUAACCUGCAGCUGCUGGGAGCAGUGUGCAUGUUUCUUGCAUCCAAAUUGAAAGAGACUCGUCCAUUAACCGCAGAGAAGCUUUGCAUCUACACAGACAACUCCAUCAGACCACAAGAACUGCUGGAAUGGGAACUGGUGGUGUUGGGGAAGUUGAAGUGGAACUUGGCAGCAGUAACACCGAACGACUUCAUCGAGCACAUUGUGAGGAGGCUACCGCUGCCCGAAGAUAAGCUGGCACUUAUUCGCAAACAUGUCCAGACCUUCAUUGCCCUGUGUGCCACAGAUUUCACAUUCGCGAUGUACCCUCCCUCCAUGAUUGCCACAGGAAGUGUGGGGGCAGCGAUCUGUGGCCUACAGCUGGAUUCAGCUGACCAGUCACAGUGGGGCGACAGUCUCACAGACCUGCUGGCCAAAAUCACAAACACAGAAGUGGAUGUUCUCAAAGAGUGCCAGGAGCAGAUUGAGCGUGUGUUGGUGAGCAGCCUGCGCGAGGGGCGGCAACAGCAGCAGCAGCAGCAGACACAAAGAGGCCCCAGCGGGAAAGGCCUGGACGAGCUGGAUCAAUCCUCCACCCCUACAGACGUCCGCGAUGUCAACUUGUGAACCACCAGAGGGCAUCAUUGCACAGGAUUUACAAAAAAAAAGCAUCAUGAAAAAACCUCAAUUUUCUUAAAAGCAGAAAAAAAAGAACAAAAGAACAAAAAAUGUUAAAAACACAAGCCCUUUAAAAGAAAAAGAACAAUGCUUGCUAGUUUUUUUUUUUGUAGAUUUUCUGUUCUUCCAAGUCAAAAACACCUGCCCACGAAAUAGAUUUUCUAUGAUGUUUUAGUCUAAAAGCAACAAAUUUGAUUCAAGAUGAAGCUCUGUGGUGCCUUGGAUAUACAGAAGGGAAGCCAAUCAUAUUUGCAUUCUGCCUCUGAUUGUAUAGUAUGAUCUUUAAGUUAUAUUUUAACCAUAGCUUGAUAUUGAGGCUGUUAUGCUAGAAAUUGUGGAAACCAUUCAGAAAUUGCAUACAUGGGAUCACAGUGGGGCUUCACUUUUUUUUUCCUCUGUUUUGUUUUAUAUGAGUAUUAUCACUAUUACAUUCGUGGCUGGUGUAAGAGAGGACACAGGUUCGUGCUCCUCGAGCACCACAGGGUCCACAUGUUCGUCAAGGAUGAGACAGACAGAGGAAAGCGUGAGAACAUUAUGCUAAAAGUUGGUGGGUCCCAGUUCCAGGGAAGAGACAGAAUGAUAAUAAUUAUUAGUAGUGUUAGUAAUUAUUAUUAUUAUUAUUAUUAUUAUUAAUGGACAUAUUUUGGAACUGAGUAGUAGAGCUCAAUAAGCUCCUUUUGUCAGGCUGCUUGUGUGCGUGUCAGUUUGUGGGUGCAAGCGUGUGUGUUUGUAUGUGCCAGUUUGCUUGCGUGUGUGUGUGUGUGUGUGUGUGUGUGUGUGUGUGUGGUGUGAAUGCUACAUGUGAUCCUGUAUCCAUAUUAGCAGUGUGCAUUCUAUAGCGUGAGGCACUUGAGCAAAGUCAAGUCGUAGACUCGUGGUUCUGUGUUAAAAGACUAAUGGUCAAGCCGAGGCUACACAUACUUUGUCCAUCAGUAUAACAGGGCAUCUAUGCUAUAUCACUGCCUCCAUGCAUUAACAAUGUAUCAUGGUUGAUUGUUGGCCAACAAUAAACUCAUGUGCAUGGACUAUGAGUGAGACAGAAAAAGAUUAAGAGAAGGAGGAUAUAGGCGAAGGGACUUUGACUUAGAGCCCCUUAUCUUUCUAAGUGCAUUUUUCCUGAGGUGUUGCACCUCAGACUCAGAGGUCACUUGAGGUGUUUGUUUAUUACUGCCAUUCUGUUAAUGAAAUAUUACAGAUACAUCAUUCUUUUUCACGUUGUUACAAUAUGGUAUUUCCUUAGUUGUGAAAGGCUGCUUUGAGUCUGGACAGAGUGGUAAUGACCUCUUACAUGUGAAUAUGGCACAUGUGAAAACAGGAGAGGGUGAUGUCUUGAAGAAAGUAAGGCUUUGCUUUUUAAAGUCUGGAGGAUGUUAGACUCCUCUGUAUUAAUUAGCAGGGAGGGAACCGGGUGUGGCGUGGAAAGAAUUAGAAAGAGAGGGACAACUAAGAAGUCACUGUGGAACUGUGGAAGGCACAUGAGUGCACAGCACAGGAUGGUAGGGCAGAGAGGACUUUAGUGGUGCUGGAGCAUGCUGCUGUGUAGGAGACGGGGAGGAUUUACAGCCAGUGGCUGGAAGAUGAUAACAAACAAAAGACCCCCAAAGGCCUCACAAUAAAGUUUUGAUAUCUGCAUAUUUGGAUGGAAUCAAUAUUAACUUCUCAUAAUGGAUUUCUACAAUCACAUAGCUAAGUGAACAAAAACCUUCUGGGUUUCCAUUUACAUGGAAACGAAAUGGGGAACUAAGACUGUACACUGCCAGA